CCCGCGCGGACCUUCCCGCGCCCGCCGCUCCGCCGGGCCCGCCGCGGAUGCUAAUCGGAUUUACCCGGCGGAGAGGGCAGGAAAAAACCCGGCCAGAUCCGCAGCCGUGCGGCCGCGCUGUAAACAAUGAGCUUGGAGGCGGCUGCUGCAGCUCCCAUGCCGUGAAGACCGGACCCGGGCUCCGCGGGAGGAGGAUGCGUGCCUGGAUGUGAGCCGUCCCUCGGCGCCUCUCCGGGAUGGCGCUGCCAUGGACGCCGGCCGCCGGCGAGGAGCGCAGCCGGAGCCCAGCCUGACCCCGCCGCAGAGCGGGGUGUGACACCGGAGCUUUUUUUAAAAAUUAUUAUUUAUUUAUUUCAUUAUUUUUUAACCGGGUUGCAGUGGUUUGUGACUCUGCGUUUCCAGCCACCCCUCGUCUCUCCAUCCAUCCAUUCAUCCAUCCAUCCAUCCAUCUCGGCGCCGAUGCCCGCGGUGGCCGCCGCUGCCUGAAGGGCAGAGCCAUCAUGUACCUCCUGGACAGCAGCGAGCCGCCGGCCGCCGCCGCCUCCUCCCCCGAGAGGAUGCAGCGGGGGACCCCGCCGAGGAAGACCGUGUACCGCAUCUCCGUGACCAUGGUGAAGAAGGAGCUGCUGGGGCCGGAGAGCGGCCGCGCCGGCCCCGAGCUGCCCCGGCGCGGGCGGAGCCGCCCGCCGGGCUCCUCCAGCCUUACCAGGGCCGGGCUGCUGCUGCUGGAGGAGGAGGAGGGCGAGGAGGAAGGCGAGGAGCGGGACAGGGUUCCCAGCCCCUGCGGCUUCCGCACCUUCAGGACGCUGAGCACGGGGCAGCUGGAGCUGGGCCGCCUCAAGGUGCCGAGGAGAGCGGGGCCGCCCGUGCCCGGGGCGCCGCGGGGCAGCGCCGGACCCGGAGAAGCCGCGGCAGCCGCUGCCGCAUCCCCGCCCGGGGAGGAGGGCGACAAGGACGGGGGGCCCGGGGAGCAGGCCCCGGGGGAGCGGGGCCACAGCCCGUGGCGGCAGCCGGGGCUGCUGCGGAGGAGCUUCAGCUUCAGGCACUGGAGCGGCGGCGGCGGCGGCGGGGAGCCGGCCCGGGUGCGGCGGCACAGCAGCUCCGGCUGCCUGCCCGGGCCGCCGCCGCCGCCCUCGCCGCCCGCCGCGCUCCCCGCAGAGCCCCCCGAGAAGCGCAACACGCUGGACGUGGGCGAGGUGCUGAGCCAGGCGGACCCGCUGUCCCGGCUGGAGCGCUGGGAGCGCAGCAAGAGCAAGAACCGGACCCUGGAUAACAGCGACCUGCAGCGGCUCUCAGAGCGGCUGGGCCGGGAGGGCCCCGCCGCCGGCACCGAGCACCGGCUCCUGCGCUUCUUCAGCGGCAUCUUCGCCCGCAGGGACGGCCCCGCCGCCCUCUUCGGCAGCCCCCACGGACGCUCCCCCCGCAGCAGCUUCUCCAGGUCCAGGGCUUAUUUUAGCAGCCUCAGGAGAGCCGCCGUGGACAUGCAGUCCAGCUCCGAGAGCAUCAACGGGUCCCCCCAUAAAGAUGCCUUUGUAAAUAGCCAGGAAUGGACGCUGAGCCGAUCCGUGCCGGAGCUGAAAGUGGGGAUCGUGGGUAACCUGGCGAGCGGGAAGUCUGCGCUGGUGCACCGGUACCUGACCGGCACCUAUGUCCAGGAGGAGUCACCUGAAGAUAUGGAUGCAGGUGGGAGAUUCAAGAAGGAGAUAGUAGUUGAUGGACAAAGCUACCUGCUGCUGAUAAGAGAUGAAGGAGGCCCUCCGGAGGCACAGGAAUGGAGUCACUUAGGGAAAAAUAAAGGCAACGAGUUUGCCAUGUGGGUGGAUGCUGUUAUCUUUGUGUUCAGCUUGGAGGAUGAAGUCAGCUUCCAGACUGUUUACCACUACUACAGCCGCAUGGCCAACUAUCGCAACACUAGUGAAAUCCCCAUGGUACUGGUGGGCACCCAGGAUGCCAUCAGCUCCACCAACCCCCGCGUCAUCGACGAUGCCAGAGCCAGGAAGUUGUCGAAUGACCUCAAGAGAUGCACUUACUACGAGACCUGUGCGACCUACGGGCUCAACGUGGAGAGAGUCUUCCAUGACGUUGCCCAGAAGAUCGUUUCCACCAAGAAGAAACAGCAGCUCUCAAUUGGACCCUGCAAAUCUCUGCCCAACUCUCCGAGUCACUCCUCCGUGUGUUCUGCCCAGGUUUCUGCCGUACAUAUCAGCCAGACCAGUAAUGGAGGAGGGAGUUUAAGUGAUUAUUCCUCCUCUGUCCCAUCAACUCCAAGCACCAGCCAGAAGGAGCUGCGGAUUGAUGUUCCUCCCACUGCCAACACACCAACUCCUGUCCGUAAACAGUCCAAGCGCCGAUCCAACCUCUUCACGUCUCGGAAAGGGAGCGACCCAGACAAAGAGAAGAAGGUCCUGGAGAGCAGAACAGACAGCAUUGGAAGCGGCCGAGCAAUCCCAAUUAAACAGGGGAUGCUGCUAAAGCGGAGUGGCAAGUCCCUGAAUAAGGAGUGGAAGAAGAAGUACGUGACGCUGUGUGACAACGGCGUGCUGACCUACCAUCCCAGCCUGCACGACUACAUGCAGAACGUUCACGGGAAGGAGAUCGACUUGCUGAGAACCACUGUGAAGGUCCCCGGGAAGAGGCCGCCCCGAGCCACGUCAGCCUGUGCCCCCAUCUCCAGCCCCAAAACCAACGGCCUCUCCAAAGACAUGAGCAGUUUACACAUCUCGCCAAAUUCAGGGAACGUGACUACUAGCACAUCUGUGUCUCAGAUGGCCAGUGGGAUCAGUCUGGUGUCCUUCAACAGCCGCCCGGACGGUAUGCACCAGCGCUCCUACUCGGUCUCCAGUGCAGAUCAGUGGAGCGAGGCCACAGUCAUUGCCAACUCUGGCAUUAGCAGUGACACCGGCCUGGGAGAUUCGGUGUGUUCCAGCCCCAGUAUAUCCAGUACCACCAGCCCCAAACUGGACCCCCCUCCUUCCCCCCACGCCAACAGAAAGAAGCACCGCCGGAAGAAAAGCACAAGCAACUUCAAAGCUGAUGGGAUCUCGGGCACAGCUGAAGCCAAACGCAAAGCUUGGAAACUAAACCGUGUUGGUAGCCUGCGAAAUAUUUACAGCAGCAGCAGCACCAACACCGAAGAACAAGAAGAAAACUUCGAGUUUAUCAUUGUCUCUCUCACGGGCCAGACUUGGCACUUCGAAGCAACCACCUACGAAGAGAGGGACGCGUGGGUCCAAGCCAUAGAGAGCCAGAUCCUGGCCAGUUUACAGUCCUGUGAGAGCAGCAAGAACAAGUCCCGCCUGACGAGUCAGAACGAGGCCAUGGCCCUGCAGUCCAUCAGGAACAUCAGAGGCAAUUCCCACUGCGUGGACUGUGAGGCUCAGAACCCCGACUGGGCCAGCCUGAACCUGGGAGCCCUCAUCUGCAUCGAAUGCUCAGGGAUCCACCGCAACCUCGGCACGCACCUCUCCCGGGUGCGCUCGCUGGACCUGGACGAUUGGCCCAUAGAGCUCAUCAAGGUGAUGUCAGCCAUCGGCAACGAGCUGGCCAACAGUGUGUGGGAGGAGAACAGCCAAGGCCACGUGAAGCCUUCCUCAGACUCCACCAGGGAAGAAAAAGAGCUCUGGAUACGCGCAAAGUACGAGCAGAAGCUCUUCCUCGCCCCGCUGCAGUGCCUGGAGCUCUCUCUGGGCCAGCAUCUCCUGAGGGCCACAGCCGAGGAGGACUUGCGGACGGUGAUCCUGCUCCUGGCCCACGGCACGCGGGAGGAGGUGAACGAGACCUGCGGGGACGGGGACGGGCGCACCGCCCUGCACCUGGCCUGCCGGAAAGGGAACGUGGUGCUGGUGCAGCUCCUCAUCUGGUACGGCGUGGACGUGAUGGCGCGCGACGCCCACGGCAACACGGCGCUGGCCUACGCCCGCCAGGCUUCCAGCCAGGAAUGCAUCGACGUCCUGCUGCAGUACGGCUGCCCCGACGAGCGCUUCGCCCUCAUGGCCACCCCCAACCUGUCCAGGAAGAACAACAACCGCAACAACAGCGGCGGGAGGAUGCCCACCAUCAUCUGAGGGGAGCUCGCUCGCGUAGUCGCUGACCCGAGUCACAUCCGCAGCCUCACAUUCCUCCAUCCCCAUCACAGCUCCGCUCUGUGAGUCUGGUAACUCUCCUUCUCCCUUUUCCCUUCGGUACAUCCCCGAGUCCCACCCGGAAUCUGGAGAGCGCGAGGGGACGAGGAGGAGCGCGGGGGGCUGCCGAGCAGGCCGUUGUUUCAGUGCCCGCCGCCGGGCCGGGAGGGCGCGGCCGGACACGGAGGGGACACGCGGAGGGGACACGCGGCACCCCCGGAGCGCGGAGGGACGGGCAGGGGGAGAGGCGAGCCGCAGGAGAAGGAAGGAGAGCCGGUGACUUUCCCUAGCUGACAGUGAAGCACAUCAGAACAUUUCACCUCUACCGAACGCGGCGACGCCUGGAUUUCCAUUCUCUUCUCCUGAAGAGCUUGACGGCAUAAAUCAGAAGCAAGCACAGAGUUUGUCAGGUUUGAAGCUCCUAUGAUGGUAUGUGUCAAAUCAGUUGUAGCUAAUCUGUCCGGGGAGAAUACUGGCUUCAUUACACUUGUAUAGUUGAGUUCUUCCAGCAUUACUGCUGUUUAAUAGAACAUGAUUAGUCAUCACGGAGAAAAAAGCAUAUUAGCUGAGGAGGUAGUUACAUGGCACGCUUCGGUGAUUGCUUGGAUGUGAUUGCAAUAUUCUUAGAAGCAUCAUAUUAUCUCAGACAUGUUCUUUCGAGCCCUUGGAGCCCUCCUUUCUAAAUUCACUGUCAUAAUUUAGUAUCUGUUUAAUUUUUCAGUCCAAAGAGAGGAAAUGAGUUGCUGAGUGUUAUUUGACUGCAGUCUCCUUGGUGUAAAAACAAAAUGGAAAAAAUAAAUAAGAGUAAGCCUGAAACACAAAAAGGAAUAAUGAAUACUGCUACGGAAAACAACAUUUCAAGUACGUUUGGUGAAAUUAAUAAACGCAUUAAAGGCUAAUUUUUUUUUUUUUUUUAUGUUGUUUUCAGCCAGCAGAAAUAGGGUCUGUCAUUUUGCCAAGGUAAAUUGUGUUGAGUUUUUGGUCACUCCUGUGAUGCAUUGCCUAACUUAUACAGAUUUUUGUAUUGUGUCUCUAGAUUCUAUGUAUUUAAAAUCUAUUUGAAUAAAAAAAAAGACCGUAAAUAUACAUUGAUUUUUUUUUUUUUUGUACAGAAAAUGACAUCUCUGUUAAUUUAUAAACUGUAAUGGAUGUGAACUGAAUAAUGUGCAACUAGUUAGGAUCUGUGGGUUACAGAUCAUUGUACAUUGAUAAUGUUCCCAGCAGUGAACUCUUCUUCCCAAAGCCUGGGUGGAACAACAUAUCAGAAGGAGAUCAGGGCACAGGGAAGGGGAAAAAACAGUGCGUGAGAUCUUUUAGAAAGGAGAAAAGAGGCUGUUUCUCAGCACUGUAAAUAUAUUUUACUCCAGAAGUCAGGAAGCUUUCACAGGCCAAGACAAAAAGCCCCAUUCUGGCUGGGAGAAGAUCAGAUUUGAUUAAGUUCAGAAUUGAUAGCCUUCACCACGGCGGGCAGGGCACCGCUCCCAGCCCGGCUGCUUUCGGCAAGAAAAAUGGCUUGUGCAAGGAGCCUGGACAGUUCAUUUGAAUUCCGAGUUUGAAUACUUGAUUGGAUUGUUUUGGUCUUACCAGGCACAUCCCAGCUUCUCCUGCUUCCCUCUAGCAGGAUUCUGGCGUGGGGAAGCGAGGUUUUGGCAGGCAGAAAAGUGAGCUUUACCUUAUUUACCUUUACACGGCAUAUGGCAGUGUGGGGAUGGGGGGGAGGGUUUAUCACAGAGAAAGUUGGAAACUCAACCAAAUUCGAUGGCAAAGGAGCAAUUAUGUGAAGGCAGCGAGGUGCACACAGCACAGUAAUUUGCAAAUCUACCUGCUGCUGGGUAUUUCCCAAGCCUCUGCUCUUCCUUUGGGCUCUGGGUUUCAUUCAGCACACAAAUGGGAGGAGCAGUUGCUAAAUAAACUCAAUGGGGACAAAAUGCAAAGGAAAAAAUGUGCUGUGGUUAUCCUAAGGAAAACCAAAAAAAAAGGAAAAAUUACGGAUUUGAGGUAAAAUUGUGGCAGAAAAAUGAGCCUCAAGGUGGAAGCACAGGAAUAUUGACCAGCUUUUCCUCUUUGGUGGUGGUGUCCUUUUGUACUUUGUUGUUAUCUAGACCUUCUGAGUAUUUGGGGGGAGGGAAUCUUUCUCCAGCCAGCCUGGGCUGACUGCACCAGGCACAGCUGAUUCCUUUCCUACUGGGAUACUUCUAAAUAGUUUUAAUUUUUUUUUUUUUUUUAAUUCAGAAGAGGUGUGUGUUUCAGCUGCCGUUUCUCCACCAUUCCCACACAGCUCCCUGAUCUUUGGUACUUCCAGGUGGUCCCUCAAGGACGGGACAGCCCAGCUUGAUGUGCAGCUGCAGGGGGAUGCUGUGAAACCCGCUGUGUGCUGGUGCUCACGAGCUUUGACACAGCAGGGGUUCAGGGAUGGCAAUCCCAGAGGUGCUAGAGCUGCCUGCUGUUCCCCCCCCAGGAGCAUCCAGGGCGUUUGUAUCCCAAAAUCCAAGUCCAGUGUUUCAAACCCACGGCGGGCAGAGUUCUCAGAAGUGCACGUUCCGUUUCAGAGCUGGGGUUUUUUCCCCCCCAGUUGAGAUUAUUUUCUGUGCAUCAUUGAAGGCUCUCUUUGGGCCACCUUCCUCUCACAAGGCUGCGGGUGAUGUUGGAGCAACAAGGGCAGCCAGGCAGAUUUCAGGAGAGGAAAUUCCAGCGUAAUACAGGAAUUUCAGGAUCCGUCCCCUCCUUGCACGGUGGAGGAGAGGGGGGAAACCCCUCCCACCAAGGCAGGGAUGGAGGAAGCUCUCCUUGGCUGGAUCCUGGUGGGGCUUGGCUUUGAGAGCUCCCCGUGCCCGUCAGGGGAUGUGUUUGCACUUUGCAGAGGCUGCUCUUGGAGCCAUCCAGGUGCAGAAUCCGGCAAUGUCUCCUGGCAGGAAUCGUCGUUCCCGUUGCUUUCGCUGCGUUCUCCCACCCCUCUCCCACUCCUUGUUUCACGUUUAGCCCCUCUCUGUUGCUUUUUUGGAACCCUCUCGCCAGGCCAUUCACACCCUUUGGGCGUGCUGGCAACAAAACAAUCCCUAACUGUGACCCAGUCCACAAGAAAUCCCAGCAAAAGCUGUUUCCUCUGGAAACAGAAUCUGUGGCAAUGGUUGUCUUUGCACCCCCCUCUUAACCCUUCCCCUCAUCCCAGAUACCUUGAAAUCCCCCUUCCUCUGCACUUUAUCCAUGACUCAAACACCAGAAGCGAGUCAGCCGUCGCUGUUUCCGUAUUUCCUCCUGUCUUUGGCUAAUUGCUGUGGAAUUCAGUCGGAUGUGUCACACCUGAACCUGGACUUUGCCGGGGAGGCUUCGCUUCUCCUUGCUCUUCAUGGAGAAAAAAGACCCAAGCUUGGGAAAAGUCAGGGUCCUGCCAAUGCAGAGAUUUGGCCAAGGGCUCCCAUUACCAGGUUUCCAACUUUGGUGGUAAAAAAGGAGCAGAAGAGGGAAAAAAAAAAAAAAAGAAAGCUCGGAGAACCUUGGUGCUGCUCGGAAAGCUGGGCCAGCUCCUGGAAGGUGGAGAGGAUUUUGAAGCAAUUGGGUGCAGUGUAAAAUAACCAUGUAAACAUUGAUAUUGUUUUAAUUCGCUGUCUUGUCCCCCUUCCCUUAAAUUAUGUGUGUUAGUGCAAAAAUAAAAAGAAGCUUUAGCUGCACUUGGAGAUUUCCCUGGGCCAGAGGAGGCCGAGUCAUGUAGGGAGAGGAGUCGAGGUGGGAAUGCAGGUCCGGGCUUGGAAGUGAUCUCCCCGGCACUGUAAUGUAGAAUAAUUAGAUUAUAUUAGGGGUUGGAAUAGCUUCAGCUUUUAUAUUUGUAUGGAGACUGGGAGAAAUGAAGUAAUUUGUAGUUUCUAGAAUAAAGUAGUGGUAGUGGAGACAAGCACAGAUUUCACAAGGGGGUCCCCAAGGGGGUCCCCCUUCCCAAACGUCUCGGGGAGCCGCCUUUGCACCUUAACAGGGAUGGUUUUUGGGGUUUAUUGUUGAUGAAAUGGUCGUUUCGUGUUUGGCUAAGUGGUUGUUGCCCGCGGGGGGCACUCGAGGGAAGGGAGCAGAGCGUUGGGGACCAAACCUGGGGCAGCUUGGCUGGAGAGGAGACAACUUCCCCAUCCUUGUCUCAUCGCCAGGCAUCUUCCUUCCCCCUCCAGAGGCUGCUACACCGAUCCUUAGGGUGGGAUCUCUGCCUGUUGGGCCUGGAUCCUCAGUUGCACGCCUUCCAUUCUUGAUGGUUUGUGGGUAACAUUUAUGGCGUAGAAAACACGGUUUUGGACCUUCUUGUGUUUGCUGCAUCACGGGAGAAAGAUAAAAAACACUCUGGAGCAAAGUUCUUUUCAAGGUAGAACAGAAACACUGAACUACCCCAGAUGAAGAGGUUCUGCGAUGAGUUUUGAGUUCUAAGCUACCAAAAAAGAAGGUUGGCUGGAAUGGUUUUAUUGGAAGAUAAUCUCCUGUUUGAGAAAAAAAAUAGCAGAGGUCAUAGAGCAAAACAUCCAAAGCUGUAUAGAUGGGUGAUUUUGUUGGUUUAGGAUAUUUGUCGGUUUUGCUUUGUUGUUUAGCAUGGGCCAGUUUUUAAAGUAAAUAUUGGGACAGUUCACCUUGAUUUGACUGCAUCUGUCCCACGUUUUAAAGGGAGGUUUGAGGGGGUUUGGCCAGGAUCUUCAGGAGCUGUGAAUAGUUCAUGUUUUGAGAGGGGAAUUGCAUGAUUCCUGAAAAGUAAAAGGUCGGUUUGGGGGGUUUUUUUAGGGCCAUCUUCAGCCCCAAAUCACCACGCAUGUUUCUGGCCCCAUGUUUUGUUUCAGGGUGACAGCAAGAUGUGGGGGAUGAACUCCCCAUCGUUUGCUACCGUUCCCAGAACGUUCAGGGGGGAGAAUUUCGCUUGUGGAUGGAUAAAAUAAAGAUGUCUUUGUGCAUUUCAGCAGUUCUAAGCUCUUCAUCUCCCCGUGCCUGCCUGUAUCCCAAACCCCUGCGGCACAUUUGGGCAGCAGCGCUCGGUUCUGUUGGAUGCAGAGCCCCAGCUUUCCCUCAGCCAUGGAUUUUCUGGAUGUGGGGGUUUUUUUUAGCUUCCAGUGCUAAGGACUGGCUGUUUUGCAGUGCUUCAGAGCUACUCAUCUUCACCUGUGUGUUCUGUACAGAAUGUGAAGGGGGGGUGGGUGGGGACGCUUCGGAGGUCUCAUGGCAUGCCUUGGGGACAGUGGCCACGUUGCUUGCUGGCAGUGAAUGCACCCUCAGCGCCUUUGUGUGCACUCCUCGCUUUCCAGAACCGAUCCAUGUGGGUUUUUUGUUGUUCCUGAGAGCUUAAGUAGCUGAAAAACACUUCCUGGUCCCCAAGAAUUGCAGGGUACGAGGAGGAGAACCCCUCACAGAGACGGCUCGCUCGCGUCUCCUCUGUGCUGGAGGCAAACCCCGAACUCCUGCAGGACCAAAGAAGGGUUUUGGUGCUGAGUGUGGGGUUAUUUGGCAUCUGCAUCCCAAGCAUAGGGGUUGAGCUGAGUUGAACCAGUGGAUGAAGUGCAGUCAGGGUGUUCUGAGCCCUCAGGUGUCACCUGGAGGUCACUCUGCACUUGCUGUGUGUGUGCUGGUGCCUGCUCCUCACCCCGCUCCCAGUGGUUGUGGGAAUCCCCUUAAUGACUAUCAGGAGCUGGAGCCAGGGUUUGGUUGGAUGCUUCCAAAAGGGCGAGUUUCCCAGCUGGAGUCAGCCCAGCCCCUUCCAAGGAGGCAGGAUGGGGGACACUGGCUUGAGGGAUGGAGAGAUGCAGGGAGAUGACUUGAUCCGGGCUUGGUGCAGCCUCAGAGGUUUUCCGAAAAUCCGUCUCCUUCAGACAGCAACAUUCAGCUUGAGAGAACCUUGAACUUGGCCUCCAGGACUGGGGAGGAGAAAUCCCUCCCUUGCUGCAGAGGAGAAAUCCCAGCUCGCCAGCCCUGGGGGUGGGAAGCGCCAGGGAAGGAGAUUGUGAAGGUGGAAAGGACAGAGUCUUGCAUUUCAGAGGCCCUUUUCCAUAUAAAUCUGCUUGAAACCCACCUUCCUGGCUGAAUCUGAGCGUGGGGACCAGUGAGCUGUAGGGGAUUCGGCGACACUUUGGGUCCCGCUGCCUUUUGGGGCUGCUCAGGAUAACGGGGAGAUGUUCCUGAGUGAGGUGUUCCUAAGAGCUGUCUCCAGCUGGGUUCUUCCCCCAGGGCAGCUCCUCAUCUCUCCCUCCACGUGUUCUUGGCCAUGACCGGCUCCAAAAUUUGGGAGCCCCAAACCUCAGCUGCAGUGGGCUCGGGUGCUGCAGGCUGGGACCACCUGACCCAGUGUUGUUCACACCAUUUCUGCCCUGGCUUUGGUUCCUUGUCCUGCCAGGGACAAUCCACAGGGAGAGGGCAGGGAGGAGCUGUGGUGAGGGGAACGUCUGGGCGUGCAGAAAGGAUGGGAGGAUCUUCCAUUUCCCGCUCCUUCUCUCCUUUGGAAGUUUGUUGAAAACCCCUCCAGGCGUUUUUUCCUGAGGUAACCAGGGACUCAGCUGGAUUCUCCAUGGAAUCUACUGAGGAGAAGAGGGUGUGCCCAUCCUCUGGAAAGCACACAGCUCCGUGGAAGUCCCAAGUUUCCAGGGAACUGCGUGCGUUGGGUCCAGCUCCCUUUACUGUGUCACUGGCAGGAGCGCCUUUCACUUGUAGACUGCACGUGGGUGCACCAGCUGAGGGGGAAUUUGGGAGAGCAGCAUCUCCUAAAACACCAGGGACUUGUUCUGGGCUGGUUUGACUCAGCCUGGAAUGGCCAGGAGCUUAGAUCUGCAGCUCCUGCUGCCUCAGAACCCCUCAGCUUCGGCAGGAUUUGAGCGCAUCCCAAACGCUUUCCCACCCGAGCAGCUCCAAGGUGGCAGAGUCGGGCUGUGUCCCGACCUCUCUGAGGCCAGAGCUUGGCCCUGCUUCCUGCCAGCUUGUGGUUGGAGGUUCAAUCCCAGCAGCACCAUUCCUUUGGGAAGCGCUGUGGGGAAGCGGAUGCGGGCGCUGUCCUUCUUCCCUCCAAAGGCUGCAUUUUGUGUUCAGCCCCCUCCCCACGUCUUUCAGGUCUUCGUGGUGUUUGUCUUUCCAGUUGGGAUGGGGAGGAAGGGAGCCCAGGUGAGUAGGGAUACCUGCAGAGAUACCUAGCACAUGGCAGGCUUUACAGCAAGUUUUGGGGUUGUCGGGGUUUGGGUUUUUUGUUUUGUUUUCUGUUUCUGUACAUAGUAAUGUACAAAUGAUGACGAGACCGUGUGGAAAUUCUAAAAAACAAAAAAGAAAAAAAAAAAAGGUCUUUUGUUGUUGUUUUUAUAUUACCUCAUUCAGCAAGUUUGUUUUACAAUGACUCGAUGAUGCUUUAUUUAUAUUGUUUGUACUGUAAUUAAACCGAUUGACAAACAUUUCACUUUGCUCGUUGGUUCCUAUGAUUUGGGUUUGAUUAAGUAUGCCAGUUUGUAUUAUGUUCCCCUUUCCUCUCUCUCUCUCUCUCUCCCUCCACGUCGAGAUUUUUUGUGUCAGCUGUACAGUAUUCUGAAUAAUGAAAAAUAAAAAUUAAAAAUGAAAAAGGAACAAAAAAAGCUGUAAAGUACUGCAGAGAGAGGCUGCUAUAUUGGAUAGGUCUCUUUCUAAUAAAGACAACAAAACCUGUUGGGCGCA